AUGAUAGAAAGUGACGGUAGUAGUCGAGAGGGUGAUAAUGAUCAACUACAACAGUCGAUGAAUGUGAAAAAUUUCCAGAGUCAGGCCGAAAAACGAGCACAUCACAAUGCUUUGGAACGAAAACGACGUGAUCAUAUCAAAGGAAGUUUUAGCGAUUUAAGAGAUGCCGUUCCAUCAUUGAAGGGAGAAAAGGCAUCGCGCGCGCAUGUAUUAAAAGCAUCAACAGAUUAUAUACGAAGUCUAAAGUCAAAAAACCAGCAGCAUCAAAAAGUAAUUGAAGACUUUAAAAGACAAAAUGCAUCAUUAGUAUUACAAACUCGAUUACUUGAACGCGUAAAAGAAACUGGUAAACUAGUUAAUCAUCAUAGUCAUAAUGCGAAUAAUUCAUCAACGUCAGCUUCCUUAACAAAUUAUCAACAUGAUUUAUUGCUUGAUAAUUCAAUACCAAUUGUUAAAACUGAAGCAAUGUCAUUAAAUGAUCAUAGUACAAUUCAAAUAACAAGAAAUUUAUUGAAAAACGAGCCACUGAUGCAAUGUUCACAAUGUAAACUAUUUUGUCUUCGUUUAUUAUGUCAAAAAACAAAAUAUGUCUCAUAUUUAUCGAAUCGUGCGUUUCAUAUAAGUUCAAUCAAUUAUCAACGAAAAGAGACAAUAUUAAAUGUAUUUGAUCGUAAAACAAAGUUAAUUCAACGAAAUCGUACAUGUUUAGAUCCAGAUCGUUCACUCUAUAGUUAUGUACAUGAGAGAGUAGCUCAAAGUGUUGUUGAUCGUAUAUUUGAUAUAAAAAGAACAUUUGAAUGUGCCUUAGAUCUUGGUUGUGGACGAGGAUUAACCACCCGAGAAUUAACAAAAGAUGUUGUUAAAAAAAUAGUGAUGAUUGAUUCAUCCGCUUUAAUGUUAGAACAAAUUGAACCACCAUUAGAAGAAAAUGGACAUGUAGAUAUGGAAAUAGUUAAAGAAAAUAUUGAUGAAGAAAAUUUUAAUUUUAAUGAGAAUACAUUUGAUUUAGCCUACAGUUGUUUAAGUUUACAUUGGAUAAAUGAUUUACCGGGAGUAUUUCAAAAUGUUCUUCAUUCUUUAAAAAAUGAUGCACCCUUCAUUGGGGCAAUGUUUGCCUCUGAUACAUUAUUUGAAUUACGUGUUGCAUUACAAUUAGCUGAAACAGAACGAGAAGGAGGUUUUGCUCCUCAUAUCUCACCAUUUGUUGAUCCACCAGAUAUUGGUAGUCUUUUACAACGUGUUGGAUACAAUAUUGUGACAUUGGAUGUCGAUGAGGUACACAUUGAUUAUCCAAAUAUAUUUGAACUAAUGUUUGAUAUCAAAGGUAUGGGUGAAAGUAAUUGUAGCUGGAAUAGACGACUUACAUUGAAACGGGAAACAUUACUAGCAGCACAAGCCAUCUACAAAGACAUGUACGGUAAUAAUGAUGGUUCUAUUCCAGCAACAUAUCGAGUAUUGUAUUUUAUCGGAUGGAAACCUGAUCCAUCACAGAAAGCGCCAGCUAAACGUGGAUCGGGCAAUGUUUCAUUCAAGGAUAUAGGAAAAGUUACAGAAAGCAUUAGUGAACAACAACUGCCAUCUCAAUAA